AUGGCUGAUAGUUCAAAGCUGACCGGCAAAGAUCAAACCAACCUCGAAGAACUUACUGUGAUAUGGGUCGAUGAAUAUUCUCAAGAUCUUACUACUCGAACACGUUUACGUUGCAUUAUUAAUUUUCUCAAAGUAUUUACACAUAUAGGCAGUUGUAUUGAUUAUAUUCAAUCGGUACCCAACGAGCAUCUUUUUGUAAUUGUAUCCGGUCAACUGAGUUCUCAAAUAAUCCCAGUUAUUCAAGAUUUACCACAAGUACUACAUGUUGGUACAUUUUGCGAUCAAGAAUCUUUGUAUGAAAAACUUUCUAAUGAUGUCAAUCAUUAUUAUGCUACUCAUUCGAUACCAAUGUCAUGUUUAUCGGAAAGAAGUCUGCGCGAUUUGACUAAGGAUGCAGGCGAUUUCUUCUGGUUUCGAUUGUUCGUUACCGCUCUUCUUCAAAUGCCACCAUCGAACACAGCUAAAUGUGAUCUUCUGAAACUUGCUCGAGAAUUUUACUGUGGCAACGAGAUCGAAUUGAGGCGUAUCGAUGAUUUCGAGCGAAAUUACGAUCAAACUCGAGCGUUAAGAUGGUAUACGAGUGAUUCAGAACGCGCUCGUUUGGAUAAAAUGAAUACAAUUACUCUAUACCGUGGACAAUAUAUGACGAUGGAAGAUUUUGCAAAACUACGCGCUAACAUUAGCAAAGUAGUCUCUACCAAUUCAUUUUUGUCGACAAGUACGAAUAGUCAAGUUGCCAUGAUAUAUGCAGGUAAUGGAUGUUCUCCUCCUAAUAUGCACUCUGUACUGUUUCAAAUUACUGUUGAUCUCAAUACACUAUCGAAGAAAAAUCAACAUCCAUUCGCCGAUAUCAGUGCCUAUAGCCAGUUUACUGAUGAACAAGAGGUUCUCUUCUCAUUAGCGGCUAUGUUUCGUAUUGAAGGCGUUGUCGAACAAUCAAACCAUAUGUGGCUAGCGAAACUUAUUUUUAUUGAUAGUACAGAAGAAAUGGAAGAGAUGCAUAAACUGAGCGAGUACUUGGGAAUUUACUCACAUGAAUCAACAACAUUGGCCAAUCUUGCACAAAUUCUCUUUUUAAUGUCCGAUUAUUGCCGCGCGAUUUCUUUUUGCCAAAAGAUUUUAAGUGAAAUGCCUGAUAAUUUGCCUCUGGCUAUUCAUUGCUUGAACAUAAUGGGUGAAUCCUACAAAAAUGAGCCCACACUGGCACUACAAUCGUUUGAACAAGCACUAGAACUGCAAUUGAAAUACAAUCCAACUGAUCGGAAAAGUCUGGCAACUAUUUAUAAUAAUUUAGGUUUUGCACAUCGUCGACUUCGAUCCAAUAAUGAGAUUGUUAUUCACUAUUAUGAAAAAGCAUUGGAAAUGUAUGUAACUGAUUCUGAUCCGGAGAAUAUCGACUGGUGCUUAGUUGCUACUUUUCUCAACAAUAUGGUGACUGCUGACCCGACAAGUGAUAGUAACUUAGCUCUCAAACGAGAGCAACUUGUACUUGAUAUUCGACUCAAGUUUUUACCACUAUCACAUCCGCUAGUAGCAAGUACGCAUACUGUACUGGCCGACAUUUAUAGUUCUCGAAGUGAAUUUGACGAAGCUUUGGAACAUUACAACGAAGCGUUACGAAUCAAACUUAGAUAUUUACCAAACGAACAUGUUUCAAUCGCUAGUGUCCGUUCGAGUAUAGCUUUACUUUAUUUGAACAAAGGCGAUUAUGAAAUGAGUGUUGACCAGAAGGCUGCUGCUGAAGAGAGCUACGCCAAAUCGUUGGAAUUGAAUACUAGUAUUCUCAGUACACUGCUGUCUCUUAAAUUAUCACUAGCGACAGAUUACGAACUAUUGUCUUUUGUAAUCAAUAAUUUAGGCGUUGUAUACACUCGACUUAACCGCUAUGAUGAAGCCUUAGAAUACUUAUCGAUGCAUAAGAUCAUGAUUACUAAACAUCUUCCUGAAAAUCAUUACAAUUACGGUGCAAUCCUAAAGAAUAUAGGCCGAGUUUACAUGUUCCAAGGAAAAAUGGAUAAAAGUAUGGAGUAUUAUAUGCUUGCACUAGAUUUUUUCCAUCAUAUUAAUCUUACUAAGGCUUCAAUAGUUGCUCAAAUCUAUUUUUAUAUGGGCGAAUGGUAUGAACAAAUGCAUCAGAUGCAUCGAGCUGUCGAAUAUUAUGAACGUGCAGUUGAACUUGGCACAGCUACAUUAAGAUCAGGUCAUCCAACUAUUAAACAUUACACAAAUACUUUAGCUUGCAAAAAGACUGAACUCGUAUCGAAGGAAGCGCCCGAAAAAGUUUCCCGAAUAUAA